CCUGCCUGUAACAGCCUCUCUGAGACUCUGAAUGAGACGUCUUAAUGACUCUGGUUGUGAAAACGUAAAGGAGGGGAGGAUGUGAGCUUUGAUCUGACGGAGGGACCCCCCCUUUAAAUACAGACCGCCUGUGAGGAAGGGGGGACAGUCAGGACCACACCAGCAGAGACCUCAUCCAGCAGCUUGGACUCAACUUCUAAAAGGACUUAACUCUAGCACUCUGCAGCCAUGAGAGGACGCUUCUCCAUUGAGUGGAUGGCCCAGAGCAGCCAGCCUGCAGGGACAGAGACCCAGGGAUCUGGAUCAGGAUCUGGACCCGUGACUUGUGGAACAAACGCAGAGAGUCUGCCGGGUUUCUACUGCCGGCAGAGGUCUGAAGUUUUACCUGAGCAGGAGAUCAGGAGCCAUGAGGAUGAGUUCAGCUCGACGCAGCACACAAACCCUCAGAGUAAUCCAGUCUCUGAGGCCGGUUUCAGCAGCGGGACAGAAGAAGAGACAUCCGGCUACGAGAGCGAAGGAGGUCAUUCCAUCUCCCUCUCAGCCCCCGACGCAGACUGCACCUCCUCCCCUUCCUCCCCUUCCUCCUCCUCCUCUUCCUGCCCCACGUCGCCCCCUUCAGGCAGGAGGCCUCGCACGGCGUUCACAGCGGAUCAGAUCAGCAGCAUGGAGCGAGCGUUCAAGAGGAACGCUUACCUGGGAACGCAGGACAAAGCUGAGCUGUGCAAGAAGCUCAACCUGUCAGACAAACAGAUCAGAAACUGGUUCCAGAACAGGCGGAUGAAGCUGAAGCGGACGGUGCAGGACGCCCUCGCCCACGCCUGUCAGGCUAACGUCGCCUCUCAGUUGAUGCAUUAUCCAGAGCUGCAGGCGUACAGACCAGGACCGUACUCCAGGUAUCACUCUGCAGCAGGAGGACAGGAGGGCCCGGCUGCAGCUUCGUACAUCCACCCACACAGCCUGCAGUACGGCUCGGCUCUGCCCAGCGUCCCCUCUCUGCCUCUGGACUCUUUCUAUCAGUACAGCAGCCUACCUGGAGUCAUGCUGCCGUCUGCAGCCGCUCCUCUCAUGGCUUCUUACGCCGCAUAUCCUCAGUACUACUGACACAGACCUCUAAAAGCUACUGAGACAAAAACCCUCCUCGUCCUGUCCCCACAGGAUCCCUCCUGAAGGACUUUAAUACUUGAAACCAGACUCAGACAGGGUGGUGUGCAAUACUGUGAAUUCUGUGUAUCUCUGCUUGUAACUGAUGUAUAGUUUGGAAAUAUUUAAAAUGAAUCUAUGAAAUGUAUAUUUGAAUUUUGUUGUGAAGUUGCUGUGA